GAGUUUGUGCCACUCGUCAUAUACGAGCCAAGUGAGUUUGAUGAGGACGAUUACCAUGCAGACCUAGACCCAAACGCUUUAUAGAGAAGGAGGAAGUAUGCAAUGAACUAUUUAACCCGGAGUAGUAUGGUAUCAGUAUACUUCAAUUCAAGGAGCUGCUCUAAAAUUAUAUUUGCCGAGGCUUUUGCGCCGGACAUUCGAUAAUUCUUCAGUAGUUCAGACGUGUCAUCGAAGCUCAGACUCAAUCACGUGAGCUAGAUCCCCUUCCAUCACUUCUUUGCUUGCUCAAAAAUCUGACCACCCAGAUAUCUUUUCAAAUAUGUCAGAUGAAAGCAAUGCAUGCAAGCCAUUUGCUUGUGCCAUUCAAGACUGUUUGAAACAGAAUGGGUAUAAUGAAGCUAGAUGCACGGCGGCGAUUGACGAGUUGUACCGAUGCUGUAAGCUGUUCUACGAAGACAAUGGACCUGAGGCUAAAAGCGUUUGUUGCCCCAAGUUCAACUUGCUCCAGCUUAAGCUUAAGCAAAGACUGUUAAGAAAGAUCGAUGCCGAACUCAUACUGCGAGGCAGGUGAGGGUUUCAUUAAAGUUUCGGAAAAGCAAAGAAAUGAGAAAAGCACACGCUUGCCCAACUUUCGAAUAUAGAGACAUAUUGUUUAAUUUAUGACGAGUUUACAAAGUUUUACGGAGCCACCGACAGUAGUCAAUAGACGCGAUGGGCUGUUGGAAAUGUAAGUUAAGAGCCGUGAUACUAUCCACAAGGAAAUAGCACAACGUUCAGGCCGUUAGAACUCGUUGAUCUGAGGCAUACCCGAGCACGAAAGACCACACAGUGGUAUAGAUUACAUGUAGAAG